AUGACUUACCACCGCGACGCGGACGUCUUGACUCCGUUCGGCAUCACGGUGGCUGGCAGACAGGAGGGAGAGCUGCCGGAGUUCUCGAAAAGAUCUCGCGCAGCUGCCUGGGUGGUGUCCCACUGUACCACCCACUCCAAGAGGGAGAGAUACGUCAAGAGGCUCGGGCGGCAUAUUUCCGUGGACACCUACGGCAAAUGCGGGACGCUGAAGUGCCCCAGCGACCAAAGCGCUGGAAGAAACCCGGCGGCCUGCUACCGAGCUCUAGCCGCGUCGCACUUCUUCUACCUGUCAUUCGAGAACAGCCUGUGCGAGGACUACAUUACGGAGAAGUUCUGGCACGCCCUGCGGGCGGGUAUGGUGCCGGUGGUGCGCGGACCACCUCCCGAGGCCUACCGCCGCGUGGCCCCGCCCCACUCCUUCAUUCACGUGCAGAACUUUGACAGUGUGGACCAGCUGGCAGCGUAUCUCACCUCGCUCACGGAGAACCGCACCGCGUACGAGAGCUAUUUCGCGUGGCGCAGUAGCCACCGUAUUAGUCGCUAUGAGGAGUUCUGCGAGCUGUGUGCCUACGUCAGCCGAGAGCAGCCAGCCAAGUCCGUCAAAGUGUCGGAGGUGUGGGGAACAGACGAGCAUUGCGUGAGGCCCGAUACUGCUGACAGGAAAUAA